AUGGUUUCCAACCUUGAGGGCGAAGCGCCUCACAACAACUUUGAUACCAUCCUCGUUCUCGAUUUCGGCUCUCAAACGAGUCACCUUAUCCUCCGUCGGCUUCGCGCUCUCGGUGUCUUUGCUGAGCUGCUUCCUUGUACCACCAAGAUCGCCGAUUUGACAUGGAAGCCCAAGGGAAUUGUGUUCUCUGGAGGUCCUUCUUCUGUCUAUGAUGAUGGCGCGCCCCAUGUUGACCCCGCUGUCUUUGAGCUGAACGUCCCUAUCUUGGGUAUUUGCUACGGUUGCCAGGAGAUCGCGUGGCGGAUCGACUCGAAGAACGUUGCCCGCGGAGCGGCACGAGAGUAUGGUCACGCCGACCUCAAAAUCUCCAAGGUCAACAGUCACGUCGACCGGCUCUUCGCUGGCCUCGGGGAUGAAAUCCCUGUGUUCAUGUCCCACUUCGACAAGCUCGUUAGCCUGCCUACGGACUUCGUGGUCGUUGCCACCACCAAGAACUCAGAGUACGCUGGUAUCGCCCACCAGGAGAAGCCCAUCUUUGGCGUCCAGUUCCACCCUGAGCUCGAACACACACCCCGCGGAAGCGAGAUCCUCCGCAACUUCAGCGUCGACAUCUGCGGAGCUCAGCCGAACUGGAAAAUGGGCGACUUCGUCCAGCUCGAGAUCACUCGCAUCCGUGAGCUUGUCGGUGAGCGGGCACUCGUCCUUGGUGCUGUGAGCGGUGGUGUAGACAGCACUGUCGGCGCGGCCCUCAUGAAAGCCGCCAUCGGAGACCGCUUCAAGGCCAUCCUCAUCGACAACGGAUGCAUGCGUCUGAAUGAGUGCGAGCAGGUCAAGCAGACGCUCGGAGAGCAUCUUGGCAUUAACCUCACUGUUGUCGACGCUGGCGACCUAUUCUUGGGUCGUCUUGCGGGUGUUUCUGACCCCGAAAAGAAGCGGAAGAUCAUUGGAUCGACUUUCAUCGAUCUGUUCGAGCAAGAGGCUAUUCGGAUUGAGAAGGAGGCUGAGAACACCCCCAACUCCGGGAAGGUGGAGUGGUUCUUGCAGGGAACGCUCUACCCUGAUGUUAUUGAAUCUCUGAGCUUCCGCGGCCCUUCGGCCACUAUCAAGACUCACCACAACGUUGGCGGUCUUCCUGAGCGGAUGAUGAAUGGCCAAGGCUUGCGUCUUAUUGAGCCGCUCAGACUCCUCUUCAAGGAUGAAGUCCGGGCAAUUGGUCGCCAGCUCGGCAUCCACGAAUCGCUAGUUAACCGCCACCCCUUCCCCGGUCCGGGCAUUGCCAUCCGCAUCCUCGGCGAUGUCACCAAGGAGCGUGUGGAGAUUGCCCGCCAGGCCGACCACAUCUUCAUCAGCAUGAUCAAGGAGGCCGGCCUCUACGACCAGAUCUCUCAAGCCUUUGCUGGCCUCGAUACCAACCGCAGUGUUGGUGUCUUUGGUGAUCAGCGCGUUUGGGGAUACAUCAUUAUCCUCCGUGCCGUUCGCACCAAGGACUUCAUGAGCGCUGAGAUCUUCAACUUUGACAAUGCUUUCCUCCAGAAUGUCUCGCGCACUAUUUGCAACCAGGUCGAGGGUGUAUCCCGCGUUGUCUAUGACCUGACCUCCAAGCCCCCUGGUACUAUUGAACUGGAGUAG